AUGGCGGUGGAGGUGCGGGAGGAGCUAGAGGUGGUGGUGGCGGUGUACGGAGACGACAUCCGCGUGCUCCGCGACCUCCCUCCCCACCUCGUUGUCCACUAUCCGAAGGAACCACCUUAUAUUUAUGCUGUGGAAAGUAAGGGCCUUGAUGAAAAUCGACAAGCAUAUCUUAUUAGCAGCAUCAAGAACAAGGCACAAGAGCUUUCUAACUACCCAAUGCUUGUGACGUUGUGUGAGGAAGCUGGAGAGAUCCUCUCAAAUAUGAAUCAUCCAGCAGGGGAUUGUCCACUGUAUCUAUAUCCUUUAGUGGGAGAGGAUAAGGAUGGUUCUGCAUUGCCAUUUAUGAAGUUGAUGUCAUGCUACCACUCCUUCCAUAGUGACUGCAUUAUGAGAUGGUGGGAAUGGCUCCAACAGGAUGAUGCGAACCUUAAGGAAUGUAAUACAGCAUAUCCAAAGGAACCACCUCAUAUUUAUGCUGUGCAAAGUAAGAGCCUUGAUGAGAAUCGACAAGCAUAUCUUAUUAGCAGCAUCAAGAACAAUGAAUAA